AUGCCAAAUAUUGUUUUUCGCGGCAAUUACUCGUGGCGUAUUGAAGAUACAAGUACUGAGUCUUAUGUGUCAGUUCUCAGUCAGACCAUUAGACAAUACUUUUGUACUGAUAUCUACUUUUCAUGGUUGGCUGUAUUGGAAAACGGUGGACAUACCGCCGAACAAUCUAGUGUCCUACAGAUUCAACUAACAGAUGUGACCGUUGGUAAUACACUAUUCUUCCGUCAAUACGAUGCACGAGCUGGCUCCGAUGGAGUUGAUUAUCGUUUUAACGUAUCGGGUAACUAUUUUUACACACCAUCGUGGCAAACCGAGCACUUGAUCCUUAAUGCUUCUGACAUUGGUAACAAUUUCACUUUAAAUAUUAUGGUAGCAGACUGCAAUCAAGGUGCUCAUAGAGGUUACGUCUACAUUGACGAUUUUGGUGGUGUUGCUCCGUAA